CUAAGUCCACAGGCAAAGGAUGGUUUCUUGGAACUUCCAAAAAUUUAAAACCAUGAAACAUCUGUUAUUUCUACUGUUGUGUACUUUUAUAGUUAAAUCCCAAGCUGCCGACGACUACGAUGAUGAGGUUCUUCCAGAUGCCCGUGGUCAUCGGCCCAUCGACAAGAAGAGGGAAGAACUUCCGAGCCUGAGACCUGCCCCACCUCCCAUCAGCGAAGGUGGCUACCGAGCUCGGCCAGCCACACCAGUUGCCAGGCAAACGAAAAAGGAGAGGAAAAUACCUGAUGCUGGAGGCUGCCUUCAUGGUGAUGAAGAGCGGGGAGUGUUGUGUCCCACAGGAUGUCAGUUGCAAGAGGACUUGUUAAGACUGGAGAAGCCAAUCAAAAACAAGGUUAAGGAGUUACGUAACACAAUGGAUGAGGUUUCCGAGAGCUCCAGCACCACCUAUCAGUACGUGACUCUGCUAAAAGACAUGUGGCAAAAGAGGCAGAAGCAAGCAAAAGAUAAUGAAAAUGCAAUAAAUGAGUAUUCCUUAGAGCUGGAAAAGCAGAAAAUAUAUAUAGAUGAGACUGUGAAUAGUAAUAUUCCAACUAACCUUCGCGUGCUCCGUUCAAUCCUGGAAACCCUGAGAAGCAAAAUACAAAAAUUAGAAUCUGAUGUCUCAAUUCAGAUGGACUACUGCCGUACUCCUUGCACUGUCAGUUGUAAUAUUCCUGUGGUGUCUGGAAAAGAAUGUGAGGAAAUUAUCAGGAAAGGAGGUGAAACAUCUGAAAUGUAUCUCAUUCAGCCUGAUAGUUCUAUCAAACCAUAUAGAGUAUACUGUGAUAUGAACACAGAAAAUGGAGGAUGGACAGUAAUUCAGAAUCGUCAAGAUGGCAGUGUUGACUUUGGCAGGAAAUGGAAUCCAUACAAGGAAGGGUUUGGAAACAUCGCAAGGAACGCAGAUGGGAAAAAAUAUUGCGGCCUGCCAGGUGAGUAUUGGCUUGGAAAUGAUAAAAUUUCCCAGAUUACCAAGAUAGGACCCACAGAACUUUUGAUUGAAAUGGAAGACUGGAACGGAGAUAAGGUGAAGGCUCACUACGGAGGAUUCACUAUCCAGAAUGAGGCCAACAAAUACCAGAUCUCAGUGAACAAAUACAGAGGAACUGCUGGAAACGCCCUCAUGGAGGGGGCAUCUCAACUUGUGGGAGAGAACAGAACCAUGACCAUUCACAACGGCAUGUUCUUCAGCACGUAUGACAGAGACAAUGAUGGCUGGCUAACUGCAGAUCCCAGAAAACAGUGUGCUAAAGAGGAUGGUGGUGGAUGGUGGUAUAACAGAUGCCAUGCAGCCAAUCCAAAUGGCAGAUACUACUGGGGUGGACAUUACAGCUGGGACAUGGCAAAGCAUGGCACAGAUGAUGGCAUAGUGUGGAUGAACUGGAAGGGGUCAUGGUAUUCAAUGAAGAAGAUGUCUAUGAAGAUCAGGCCCUUCUUCCCACAGCAGUAGUGCUCAAAACGGAGAUUUUUAUUCUAUGCAUGACAACAUUUUGUACAUUAUGUUACUGGAGUUUUCUUUCAGCCAUUACAGCCCUCUAAAACUCUCAAACAAUUGUGUGGCUUUUUGGAAAAUGUAUAGGAUGAAUAACAUUUAAAAUAUCGCACAAUUUCUCUUUUGUAAUCUUUAUUUAUCUUAUUCACCAGAAAGUCAUUAAAAGGAUAACUGUGGAGAAAGUUGGUGUCCAGAUUUUUAAUUCUAGUUGAUUAUGAAAAGUUUUAAAUUUGGAAGGAGGAUAUUCUAUCCUUAGUGUAGGAAAACUAUGAGACAAACUAGACACUUUAGUUUAAAAAUCCACUUUUAAAACCAUGUGUAAGAUUUGUUACAGAAAGCUUUCAAAAAGAUUUAUCAAUUAAACCGGUUUCUGUUGCAGUAAGUUAAUGUCCCCUGAUUUUAUGAUCCACAUGACCGAUGAAUUAAGAAAAGUGUUCACAACCUCAAGGUCUAAUAAACUGGUAUUGAACAUGUGAA